GAUGUACUGUAUCCGCUUCUUGAAAUGGUUGUUGACCCACUGAGGUGAAAUAAUAUCGAAAGGAUAUAAGUGAAUUUUGUAUGAUUCACGUCGAUUCUUAGAAGUUAAUCAAACUGGAAUUGUCAGAAGAUACAUUUUACUCCUAUGAGCCACGUUUGAAUUUUAUGAACCUGUUUAAUUUUACGUUUCUUUGAGGCAAUUCACUGAGCGUUCGUCUUUGUUCGGUUGGCUUUCCCUGCAAAUCGCCGCUUUUUACUGAAUGAAGCUCUGCCGCCGCAUUGCAUGGGCUUCAAACAUAAUGAGUAUUGCUGAGGUAAAUAGAUAGGACCUGUUUGGGGAUUUUGUAAUCUUAUACCAUCUCAAGCAUCCAAAUGCGACCUUCAAUGAUGCCAAUAAUACAGUUUGAUGUGAAGACAUUCUGUGAGAAUCUACGGGCUACUAAGCCUCCUUAUGAAUGCCCUGUGAAAGAAUGUGGCAAAAUUUACAAGAGUUUACAAGGCAUGGAAUAUCAUCUAUAUAAUUAUGAUCACAACAACCCAGAAGGCAAUGGUUAUACAACUCCGAUCAGAAGGGGAUCCUGGAGAAAAAGCCGUGGAGGUGGAACUGUAAGGAGGUCGCCAUCACCAGUUAUGAAAUCCCCACAAAGAGAAGCUCUGACAUACGCGCAAGCUCAACGUCUAGUUGAGGUGGAUAUUAAAGGGCAUGUGUACAGACUAGACAUUUUUGAUUAUAUAGAUGUUGUCACAGAAGAUGAAUUUGAAAAUGAGGAAAACGAAGAACAAGAAAAACAUGAAAAGACACCGACAAAGACUCCAAAGGUUAAAAGUGGAAAAGUAAAAGGUAAAGAAUCUUUGAAGCAGCGCAAAGAACCCACAUGUCCUCCAGUACCAUCAAAGCUACCAGAAGCAUCUUACAAAUUGAUGAAAGACUAUGAAGAACUACCAGAUGCUCCAAAACGUGGCAGUGCAUAUUUCAGGUUUAUUGAAAAGUCACAAGAGGAGCUUGAUGAAGAUGUUGAGUAUGACAUGGAUGAGGAGGACUAUGCUUGGCUCGACAUGAUCAAUGAAAAACGCAAAAAAGAUGGUCAUUCAUUUGUUCCACAAGAAAUUUUUGAGACUCUCAUGGAUAGACUUGAGAAAGAAUCUUAUUUCCAAAGUCAAGCAUCCGGGAAAUCAGACACGAAUAGUCUGAUUGAUGAGGAUGCUGUAUGUAGUAUAUGUCAAGACGGUGAAUGUCAGAAUAGUAAUGUCAUAUUAUUUUGUGAUAUGUGUAACUUAGCUGUUCAUCAGGAGUGCUAUGGAGUGCCAUACAUUCCUGAAGGUCAGUGGCUCUGUAGAAGGUGCUUACAGUCCCCAUCACGAGCUGUAGAUUGUGUGCUGUGCCCAAAUAAAGGCGGUGCAUUUAAGCAAACAGAUGACAGCCGCUGGGCUCAUGUUGUAUGUGCUCUAUGGAUUCCAGAAGUUGGCUUUGCAAAUACUGUAUUUCUAGAACCUGUGGAUGGCAUAGAUCACAUUCCUGCAGCCCGUUGGAAGUUGACUUGUUAUAUUUGUAAACAGCGGAAUGUAGGGGCUUGCAUUCAGUGUCACAAAGCUAAUUGCUAUACUGCUUUCCAUGUGACGUGCGCUCAACAGGCAAGUUUGUUUAUGAAGAUGGAGCCUGUCCGUGAACCCGGAAUUAACGGCACAUCAAUAAGCAUCCGGAAAGCUGCAUUCUGUGACAUUCACACACCAGCAGGAGUGGAAAAGAAACCAGUACUGAGGAAAGAGAAGUCACCAGUUAAUGAGGAUGUUACUGGAAAGGGGAAGGGCUGGUCUGCAAAAAAAGCUAAAGCACAAUCUCGAAAGAACAUGAGGAAAGCCAGGAAAAUUCUAGCUGAGAAGAGAUCGGCAAUGCCGGUUGUAUCAAUUCCAUGUAUUCCACCCAAAAGGAUAUCCAAGAUAACAUCCAAAGUGAACUUGCCCAAGAAACAGCAAUUUAUGCAACGCCUUCUAGCAUACUGGACGUUAAAGCGACAGUCUCGUAAUGGAGUGUCCCUGUUGCGUAGACUACAAGCACAUCAUCAGUCACAUAAGAAUAAGAAUCCUGUUGAAGACAAAAAGGUAACUAAAUUAAAAGAGCAUCUCAAAUAUUGGCAACGAUUACGUCAUGAUUUGGAAAGAGCAAGGCUACUUGUAGAGCUCAUAAGGAAACGUGAGAAACUAAAGAAGGAACAUUUGAAAUUAAGUCAAAGGGUAUUUGAACUGCAGCUGAAGCCACUCAAUGUCCUGUUGUUGUCAACAUUAUCACAGCUUCAAGAGAAGGAUUUGCAUAAUAUUUUUGCUGAACCUGUAACAGUUGAAGAGGCUCCAGACUACUAUGAUGUAAUCAAGAAGCCUGUGGACUUUAGCACAAUGCGUAAGAGGCUGGAAAACCAUAAGUAUCAUUCCGUCACGGAUCUUGAGACCGACUUUGAGCAGAUGAUUGAUAACUGUAUGCUGUAUAAUGGUAAAGAAACAGUAUUCUAUCGAGAUGCUGUCAAGAUGAGAGACCAAGGCGGUGCUGUCAUUCGGCAAGCAAAGCGCUUAGCUGAGAAAGCAGGCUAUCACUCCAGUACUGGUAUGCAUACAGUCAAGGCUCCAGAAGUGAAAGAAGUUGAAGAGUUCAAGUUAGAUGAUUUUGAUAAUGCAAUUUGUGCCGAGAAUCGUGAGCAUCUUCCUCUGGAAGAUCAGCUUAAUAGUCUCCUCGAGAAACUCGACAUGACCUGCAAUAUCAAGAGUGGAUUGGCCCGCGCAAAACGUGUCAAGCAGCUCCGCAAAGAAAUUAACAUAAUUAGACGAAAGAUUACGAUGCAACGGACAGGAGUAAAAAAGGGGCCGGGAAUAAGAUUGAACAAAACCAAAGAUGACACUUCAGCUGACAGUACAUCAGAAGCACACACUUCAGGUGAUGAAUUAAGUGAUGUUCCUACAAGAAGACAUCCAGCUUCUCCUCCAACUCUUAAACCAGCCCCAAUAUUAAAUAGGAGCAAGUCCAGUCCAGGCAGGCCUGGUCGAGGUCGACCAAAAGGCUCACCAGGGAGAAGAACUCGUACAUUAUCAGGACAAUGCAAUUCCUCGCAGGACUUAUCCAUCCCACCAACAAUCCCGGAAUUUUCAAAAUUUCAGGAGCCCAAAUCUCCUGUUGGAAGAAAAUCACCUUGUGCUCGGAGAGCAUCUGAAAAACUUGCAUCUCCCAAGUCUCCAAAAUCUCCUAAACCAUCUGAGAAACUCUCAUCUCCGAAACAAGUUGAAUCGAUAGCUCUGCCAAAGACACCGGCAAAACUAAUAUCUCCAGGACGCCGUCAUACUGUCACUAUAGUAACUCCCUCACCUCGUGGAAGAAAACCUGGUAAAUCUCCAGGUAGGAAGAGCAUGAAAAGAUCACUUUCUCUUGAUGUGGAAUCUCAGAGACCAGUUAAAAAAUUAAAUAGCGAGGAUAAUUUGCAUGUAGAGACAGAGUAUGAAGGAACACUGCCCUCACCUGCUGGCAGCCCAAAGGCUUCAAAAAAGUCAGGACGCACCCUUAGCUCAAGUAGCACAGAAAAAUCGCAUGAUAAGAAAUCAUCCAUGAACAAUAACUCUGAACUAAGUAAUGGUCUUGAUGAGCCUGUCAAACCAAAAGGCUUCAGCUUUUUUACUUAUCGAGUGGACACGAAUCGCCCACGUAGUAGCUCUGACUCGGACGAGAGCGUCAGUAGCACUUCAGAUGGUCUAACAUCCGAGACUUGCUCAAGCCACGGUGAAGAGGGUACAAGUAAAAAGCCAAAGAAAGGGAACAUUCAUGAAGACAGCGAUGGCGAGGCAUCGUGUGAGGAAAGCACAAGUACAGUUAGUCGGGCUAACAGAGCUGCUGGUCUGAUAAGAGCCAAUUGUCUUUUGAUUCAUUUUUAGUAUAUACUUUUGUUAAUUCAAUACAGCUAUAUGUUUAUAUACUUGAACUUAUAGGAAAUUAGUUUUUUGCCAGAUUGAAUUAUUUCUAAUGUAAAGAUUCAUACAUUUAUUUCCAUCAUAUUUUAGUUUCUAUUUUCCCAAAUAAUUGUAAUUUUCGCUUUACCAAAACAUGAGCAUCUAGUUACAAGUAUUUUUUUACCAUGUACGAACAACAUGCAUUAGGGUGGUAAAUAUACCGGGUUAGUUUUAUUUUAAUAUUAAUUCUAUAAGUAUACAAAAUAUUUGAAUCAAAUAUUUAAAAAAAAAUCAGAUUGGAAGACAAGUAAUUCGUAUUAUCUAAAAUGGAUUAUUCUGUAUUGGUUUUUUGCUUUGAUAACUGAUAGAGUGAAGGUGUUUUGUUUUUUGUGACAUAAGUCUGGUACAUGAUCAACUUGUGUAUAGUAUUUGUACAGGCCAUUGUUGCAAGCCAACAGUUCAAUAAAUACAUUCAGCCAGCAUUA